AUGCUCUGCUCCAAGUCAUCCAAAUGGCUAAACCGCCUUCGUUCAUCCAGAGGAUAUCCAGACUCCGAUAACAUCAACCUCGAGCACUUCCUCUCCAAUACCCUCGACAAAAUUGAUCCCCAAACGUCGACGGAUCCUUCGCUUCCCGAUAAAAGACCCAAACUUGACAAACGGGAUGAUAGUGGAGCUAUCCAAGGUCGUGAAGUGAUGAAUAAUGUACUAUCGGAGCUGUUUCAGAUGGGAGAAUUUCAGGAUUUAUCGAGAAUUAAAAGGAAAAAGAGCUGUAGGAAGCAACAGUGCCCUAGAAUCUGUAUUGUUUCUACAAAUUCGAAUGUUCAGAACGUGCCUGUUGGAAAGGACAGGGUUUCCUCGCCACCGCCGUCGCUGUCGCCAUUUCCGUUGACUUUGAGCAAUCGACGUACAGCAAAGGAUGUCAAUCGAGAGUUGAAGGUGACUGGACAUGUUGAGGAGGAGGAGAAAGGCCAUUGGGAUCUAACCGCGUAUUCGCAAACAGAGGUUACUGUUAUCGAUUCGAGAAGAUGUUGUACAGGAGAAAGAAUGUAUGGAAGGUUGGGGAUAAGAAAGGUAAGGGAUUAA